AUGGCAUUGAAUCAGAUCCAGGUUGUUAAGGGUCUGGAAGAUGUGGAACUGUUGGAGACGGAGUGCUGUUCAUUCGAGGUGACUCUCAGCCAUGCGUACGUGGAUGGCUCCUGGACCAAGGAUGGCACCCGGCUGAAAUCCAAGCCCAGCUGUCGCAUCAGUGCCCAGGGGAAGAAACACACCUUGACCCUCACUCGGGUGUCUGUGGGAGACACAGGAGUGUUUUCUUUCCAAGCGGAGGCUGUUCAAACAUCUGCUAGACUAGUGGUCACAGUGUCACACUGUCUCCCAGCCAGGGAUAUCAGAAUACUGAGGAAUCUAUUGGAUACAGAUGUGACUGAGAGAGAGAGUGUAUCUUUUGAGUGUGAGGUCAACCUGGACGAUGUAAAUGGACAGUGGUGCAUCAACAACAGCAGGCUGAAAGCCAAAGACGAUAUCAAAGUCAAGCACGAGGGGAAAAUACAUACGCUCACUAUUAAGUAUGUUAAGCCAGAACAGGCGGGUGAAAUCAAGUUUACUGCAGAGGGAGUAUCUUCAACUGCCACGUUAAGUGUGAAAGAGCUCCCAGUUCAGAUCGUCAAGCCCCUGAAGGUGAAGAUCGCCAUGUAUAAACACAGAGGCCUACUGGAGUGCCAGGUGUCUCGCGUCAGUGCCCAGGUCAAGUGGUAUAAGAACAACUGGGAGAUCACACCCAGCCAGAAGUUCCAGAUCUACAGCGAGGGUGUGUACAGGCAGCUAGUCAUUGAGGACGUGGGCUCCUCGGACGAAGACACGUACACCUGUGACGCUGGUGAUGAUAAGACCUCAUGCCAGCUGCUGGUGGAGGAGCAGGCCAUCAGCAUAGUGCGAGGGCUCACCUCGGUUGUGGUGACGGAACCGAAAGAGGCCCAGUUCCGCGUAGAGACCAGCAUAAAGUCGGUGCGGCCCCCAAAGUGGACCCUGGAUGGACAGGUUCUGGUGAACAGCAAGGACAUCCAGAUUGAGAAGGACGGCACUGUGCACUGGCUUACCUUCACCACCACCAACAGCACCAUGUCUGGCCCUGUGCAGUUCACCUUUGGCAAGAGCAAAUCCACGGCACAGCUAACUGUCAAAGAGCGGCCAUUGGUUAUUGUCCAGCCACUUGAAGACACGGCCACCCAAGAGCACGGAUCAAUCACUCUCAGCUGUGGCUUUGCCCCCUCACCGCGGGUGGUGCGCUGGUUCAAGGGGAAGAACCCGCUGAUGGAAUCGGAUAAAUACAGCAUGAAACGGGAGAAGAACCAGGCUGAGUUGACCAUCCAGAACCUAAGGGGAGGGGACUCAGGAGAGUACCGCUGCCUGGCAGGAGGGUCAGUGAGCGCAGGCCUUCUCACGGUAGAGGUGCGAAGACUUAAGAUCAUAAAACACUUGAAGAAUGCGGAGGAGGUGGAGGAGGAUAGCAACGCAGCUUUCACGUGUGAGCUGAACUACGAGGUGCCCAGUGUGCAGUGGUUUCUCAACGGCAGUAUCCUCCACACCAACAACAUCCACAGGAUCAGCAGCGCGGGGAAGACCCACAGUCUCACUCUCAAGAGGCUUUCCCCACAGCAGAGCAGGGUGACCUUUAAAGCCCCUGGGGUCAGUGAGGCAGCCAUACUGAGAGUCCGAGAGAGGCCAGCUGUGUUUCUCAGAUCUUUGGAGGACAUGUCUGGCGAGGAGAGGGGAGACGUCUGUUUGCAGUGCGAGGCCUCCAAGCCCAAAGUGGCCCCAACCUGGAAGAAAGAUGAGGUCAUUUUGGGUUCCAGUGACAAGUACGAGAUCCUUCAGUCUGGUAGAUCCUUGGCCCUUAUCAUUCACAACCUGUGCAAGGAUGAUGCAGGAGAGUAUGUCUGUGACCUGGGCACCAGCCAGACUAAAGCCACAGUCACAGUCCAUGACCUCCAUAUCACCAUUGCCAAACGGCUGAAGACAACAUCAGUCCUCGAGGGGGACAACUGCAGCUUUGAGUGUGUGUUGUCACACGAGCUCCUCGAGGAAGCCACCUGGUUUAUUAACAGUCAGCUCGUUGUGAGCAACGGGAGGAUGCUGCUCUCCAACAACGGCCGGAGACACAAAAUGAACAUCGAGGAAGUCACCGUCUCCGACGCUGGUGAUGUGAUCUUCACCAUUAAAGACCUCAUCUGCAAGACUUUGCUGUUCGUCAAAGAGAAGCCCGUGAGGGUGUUCAGGGACAUGCUGAACGUGCGAGUCACCCCGGGGGAAGACGCUGAGCUGAGCUGCGAGAUCACCAGGCCCGACUCGUCUAUCAAGUGGCUGAAGAACGGCCAUCUUAUAAAAGUUAGUCCCAAGUAUGAGAUCAGCCAGAAGGAGUAUCUGGUGAGGCUGAUCAUACACAAUGCUACAAUGAUGGACUCAGGAGAGUACUGCUGUGAAGCUGAUGGGAUCGCUACCAGGGCCAAGCUGGUGGUCAAAGACCUUCAGCACACAUUUGCCAGGGAGCUUCGGGACACGCGUGGCGAGGAGAAGAGCAUGGUGAUCCUGGAGUGCGAGACCAAACAGCCAGCCACUAAGGUGACCUGGCUCAAGGGCAUGGUGGUGAUCAGCACCGGCCACAAGUACCUGAUGAAGCAAAAGGGGGUGCUGCUCUCCCUCACCAUCUUCAACCUGGAGUGGACUGAUGGAGACACCUACAGCUGUGAUGUUGGAACCAUGCAGUCCAAGGCCCUGCUCACAGUGCAUGGUCGAAAGGUGCUGAUUUUGGACGAGCUGGAGGACGUUGAGUGCUUGCAGGGGGACACGGCCAUGUUCAGGUGCCGCAUUUGCCCGAGCGACUUCAUCGAGGUGAAAUGGUAUCUGGACGAGACUCAGCUGUACACGAACGACCUUAAUGAGAUCCAGGCGAAUCCGGGAGGAUAUCAUUCUCUCACCAUCAAGCGGCUCGCCAGGAAAGACUCAGGCACCAUCUCCUUCGUGGCAGGAGACAGGAGAUCGUAUGCCUCGCUGCUAGUCAGAGAGAGGCGGCCCACUAUUCUCAGACCUCUGGAGGACACUGAGGCGAUCGAGGGAGGAAGUCUGGUUCUGUCGUGCAGGACGUCGAAACCCUGCCACAUCCUGUGGUACAAAGAGGGCUGCCUGGUGUGGAAUUCCUCCAGGUUCUGGACCAGCCGGUCAGGGAACGAGGCCAGGCUUACUAUCCGGGAGGUGAAUGAUACUGACGCAGGGACGUACGAGUGUGAUGCUGGAGCGGUCAGCACUAAGGCUACAGUCACAGUGAAAGCUGUGCCUGCUGAGUUUACCAGUAAGCUCCAGGAUGUAGACGGUAAGGAGGGGCAAAGCCUCAGUCUGUCUUGUGAGUUCUCCCUGCCCGGCAUCGCGUUCAUCUGGAGGAGAGGACACGAGACGCUGAGAGCAGGAGACAAAUACCAGAUGAAGCAGAAGAAGUUUAUCAUCAUGCUAACAAUCAAUGAUCUUAAGAUUCAAGAUAGUGGAGAGUACUGUUGUGUGUGCCGGGACCAAAAGACCACUGCCAGCUUGAAAGUCCAUGCCAUUUCGAUAUCUUUCCGAAGAGAACUGCGUAACCAGGAAGUUGAGGAGGGCAGGAGUGUGACCCUGCGCUGUGAGCUCUCUAAGCCGGGGGCCGCGUUUGAAUGGAGGAGAGGGCCAGAGACGCUGACCAGUGGGGGGGUGUACCAGAUCACACAGAAGGAUCAGGUCCUGGAGCUGGUGAUUAAGAAAGCCCUGGUGGAACACAGUGGCAUAUACAGCUGUGUGUGUGGAGAACAUCUAACCACAGCCACAGUCAAAGUUAAUGCCCAGCCGGUGACCUUCAGACAGAAGCUGAGGAGCACGGCGGUGGAGGAAGGCAGCACUGUGAGCCUGCGCUGCGAGCUCUCCAAGGCCGGCGGCGCCACCGCGGUGGAGUGGAGGAGAGGGGAGACGACCCUCCACUCUGGAGACAAGUACCACAUGAAGCAAAGGGACAUUGUGGUGGAGAUGAAGAUCGUUGAUGCCACGCUAGCUGACAGUGGGCUUUACAGUUGCAUUUGUGGCUAUCAGAAGACCACUGCUACUGUGACAGUGAAUACCAUUCACGUCACCUUUAAGGAAAAGCUGAAGGACCAGGUGAUUGAGGAAGGCAACAAUCUCACCCUGCGGUGUGAGCUGUCUAAAGCUGGAGUCCCGGUGGAGUGGAGAAAGAGUGGAGAGCCGAUCGAAGCUGGAGAGAAGUUUCAGAUGAGGUGUAGGCAAGCCACGGCUGAGCUCUUCAUCUUCGAGGCUGUCCCUGAGGAUAGUGGGGUCUACAGCUGCGUGUAUGCAGACCAGAAGACAAAGGCCACCAUCAAAGUCACCGGUGUACCUGCCACGUUCAUCCAGUCCCUGAAGAGCCAGGAGGUGUUGGAGGGAGGCGAGGUGGUCUUGCGCUGUGAGAUCUCCAAAGCUGGCGUCCCAGUUGAGUGGUAUAAGGGGGACUCGGUGAUCCAGGCCGGGCCUAAGUACCAGAUGAAGCAUGACGGGAGGUUCGCUGAUCUGCACAUUAACAACCUAUUGCCUGAGGAUACUGGGCCCUUCAGCUGCGUGACAGGAGGACAGAAGACCACAGCUGAAGUCAAAGUGAAUGCUCAUCCUGUUACCUUCAAGCGGGAGCCUCAGGACCAGACAGCGAAAGAGGGGGACAACGCAGUGUUCAGCUGUGAGAUCUCCAAACCUGGAGCCCCUGUGGAGUGGAGGAAAGGGAGACUGAUUUUGAAGUCUGGAGAGAAAUAUGAGACCAGGCAGGAGGGGAAGUACAAUAAGCUGGUGGUGCGGAAAGUCGAGGAGAGCGAUGCAGGCAGAUACACCUGCAAGACAAAAGAUGCACAAGCUGGUGCUGAGCUCAGCGUGAAGGCCCUUCCUCCUACAUUUAUAAAGGAGCUGAAGAACCUGGAGGCUGAGGAGGGCACCAGCCUGACGCUGCGCUGUGAGCUCUCCAAACCCGGGGUGGCAGUGGAGUGGCGUAAGGCAGCGGAACUGCUGCGGACGGGGGAGAAGUAUCAGACGAGACAGAGAGAAUGCGUGAUGGAGCUGGUGAUAAGGAAAGCCCUUCCAGAGGACAGUGGCGUCUACACCUGUGUGUGCAAAGAGCAGAAAACAGCAGCCAUCAUCUCAAUCACCGCAACCCCUGUGACCUUCAAGCAAAACCUGAAGAGCCAAGAAGCUGUGGAGGGGAACACUGUCACCUUACGGUGUGAGAUGUCCAAGCCUGGAGUUAUGGUCAAAUGGAGGAAGGAGAAUGAGCUGCUGACUGCUGGAGUGAAGCAUGAGAUGAAGAGAGAGGGGAAGAUUGUGGAAAUGCUCAUCUGUGACGUGUCCCUAGAGGACAGUGGCACAUACAGCUGUUCUGUGGGGGACAUGAAGACUACAGCGGAAGUGAAAGUGAGGGCUCUUCCUGUGACCUUCAAGCGAGAGCUCCAGGAUCAGAUGUCGAAGGAAGGUGACAGUGUGGUCUUCAGGUGUGAGCUGUCCAAGCCAGGGGCUCCGAUCGAGUGGCGAAAGGGCAGAGUGGUUCUGACGCCCGGAGACAAGUACGAGAUGAUUCAGGAGGGAAAGUUUACCAAGCUCAUGAUUUUCAAUGUGGAGGAGAGCGAUGCCGGGAAGUAUACGUGUAAAAGCAAAGACUCAGAGUCAAGCGCUGAGCUCACCGUGAAGGUUCCCCCUAUCACUUUCAAAAAGAAGCUAGUCAACCAGGAGGUUGAGGAGGGCGAAGGUGUCAUGUUGAGCUGCAUGCUGUCUAAACCAGGCGUGCCCGUGGAGUGGAGAAAGGACAAUGAGGUCCUGAGCUCUGGACAAACCUAUCAGAUGUUACAGAAGGACGCCACCAUGGAGCUCUUCAUCAGGAAGGGACAGAAGGAGGACAGUGGCGUCUACAGCUGCGUGUGCGGAGACCAGAAGACCAAGGCCACCAUCAAAAUAUUUGCGAUUCCUGUGACGUUCAAACAAAGUCUGAAGAACCAGGAGGCCUCGGAGGGCGGUAUGGUGAGCCUGCGCUGUGAGCUCUCUAAGGCUGGAGUCCCCGUGGAGUGGUGGAGAGGGGAAGAUGAGAUCCUGCCCAGCGCCAAGUACCUGAUUAGACACGAAGGCCAAAUUGCAGAGCUACAGAUCAACAAUGUGAAACCCAAGGACGUCGGGGAGUACAGUUGUGUGAUCGGAGAACAGAGAACCACCGCAGAAGUAAAUGUCAGGGCGGCUGCCUCUGUGUACUUCGAGAAGGAACUGGAAGAUCGGGAGGCGACCGAAGGAGAGUCUGUCGUCCUAAGCUGUGAGGUGUCGAAUCCCAGUGCCCCGGUGACUUGGAAGAAGGACUCACAAACCCUCAGCCAAAUGGCCAGAGUCUCCCUGCAGCAACAGGGCACCACCCACGUGCUGGAGAUCCGCCGACUGAAGCCAGAGGAUGCAGGAGUUUACACCUGCGGUACGCGAGGCAAGGUCACCAGUGCCAAACUUAAGGUUAAAGAGCAUGUGAAGAUAGUGUCAGGGCUGCGGGACCUGACCGUCACUGCUGGAGAGGACGCCCUCUUUGUGUGCGAGGUGUCCCACGACGACUACUCGGAUGGCGUGUGGUGGUUGGGCUCCAGCGUCCUGCAGAAGAACGAGAUGAACCAAAUGAGCUGCCGGGGCCGAGAGCAUCACCUGGCGCUCACCAGGGCCUCGGCCGAGGAGGCCGGGAUCGUGGCAUUCGCCGUGGGGAACGAGAGGACCUCAGCACGUCUGCGUGUGCUGAGCAAACCCAAAAUUCUGAUCGAGCAGAAGCUGAAAGACACCACCGUCUUCGAGGGUGCGACCGCCACUCUGUCCUGUGUGACCUCUGACACACGCACCACAGUCGCCUGGAAGCAGAAAAACGUGCUUCUCUUAGCAGGAGAGAAGUAUGAGCUACGCAAGGAAGGGAAGUUGAACCUACUGCUGAUUCACAAGCAUCCUCUGCGUUUCCAGGAAGAGUUGCAGGGCAAAGAGGUUGAAGAAGGUGACACAGUCCUCCUGUGCUGUGAGCUCUCUAAACCUGGAGUGCCGGUGGAGUGGAGGAAGGGUCGGGUGUUGCUGAGGCCUGGUGGGAAGUACGAGAUGAGGCAGGAUGGCUGUGAGGUGCAGCUGCGUAUCCAUGACGUCAGCCCCCAGGAUAAGGGAGACUACACAUGCUCCGCUGGAGAUGUGCAAACUACUGCCAUUGUCAAAGUGAAAGAAAAUCCUCUAUUCUUCCGGGAGGAGUUGCAAAGCCAGAGGGUUGAGGAGGGGGAGACGGUCCUCCUGUGCUGUGAGCUCUCCAAAACUGGAGUGCCGGUGGAAUGGAGGAAGGGUCGGGUGUUGCUGAGGCCUGGUGGGAAGUACGAGAUGAAGCAGGAUGGCUGUGAGGUGCAGCUGCGUAUCCAUGACGUCAGCCCUCAGGAUAAGGGAGACUACAUAUGCUCCGCUGGAGAUCAGCAGACCACGGGCUCACUGAGAGUAAAAGAGAAGCCUUUAUUCUUCCAGGAAGAGCUCCAGAGCCUGGAGGUUGAGGAGGGGGAGACGGUCCUCCUGUGCUGUGAGCUCUCCAAACCUGGAGUGCCGGUGGAGUGGAGGAAGGGUCGGGUGUUGCUGAGGCCUGGUGGGAAGUACGAGAUGAGGCAGGAUGGCUGUGAGCUGCAGCUGCGUAUCCAUGACGUCAGCCCUCAGGAUAAGGGAGACUACAUAUGCUCCGCUGGAGAUCAGCAGACCACAGCCUCAGUCAGAGUGAAAGAACACCCUCUGUUCUUCCAGGAAGAGCUCCAGAGCCUGGAGGUUGAGGAGGGGGAGACAGUCCUCCUGUGCUGUGAGCUGUCCAAACCUGGAGUGCCGGUGGAAUGGAGGAAGGGUCGGGUGUUGCUGAGGCCUGGUGGGAAGUAUGAGAUGAGGCAGGAUGGCUGUGAGCUGCAGCUGCGUAUCCAUGACGUCAGCCCCCAGGAUAAAGGAGACUACAAGUGUGCUGCUGGAGACCAGUACACCACAGCCUCAUUAACAGUGAAAGAGCACCCCCUGUUCUUCCAGGAAGAGCUGCAGAGCCAGGAAGUAGAUGCGGGGGAGACGGUCCUCCUGUGCUGUGAGCUCUCUAACCCUGGAGUGCCGGUGGAGUGGAGGAAGGGUCGGGUGUUGCUGAGGCCUGGUGGGAAGUACAAGAUGAGGCAGGAUGGCUGUGAGCUGCAGCUGCGUAUCCAUGACGUCAGCCCUCAGGAUAAGGGAGACUACACAUGCUCCGCUGGAGAUCAGCAGACCACAGCCUCAUUAACAGUUAAAGAAUACCCCCUCUUCUUCCAAAAAGAACUGGAAAGCCAAGAGGUAAAGGAGGGUGAAACUCUCUUCCUGAACUGUGAGCUCUCUAAACCCGGAGUGCCAGUGCAGUGGAGGAAGGGUCGAGUUUUACUCAGGCCUGGUGGGAAGUAUGAGAUGAAGCACAUUGGCUGUGAGGUGCAGCUGCGUAUCUAUGACACCAGCCCUCAGGAUAAGGGAGAUUACACAUGCUCGACUGGUGAUCAGCAGACCACAGCCUUUGUCCAAGUAAAAGAGGUGCCCCUGGUCUUCCAGAAAGAGUUAGAAAGCCAAGAGACAGAGGAGGGUGACAAUGUUAUUUUCUGCUGUGAACUCUCUAAACCUGGAGUUGCAGUGCAGUGGAAGAAGGGACACAUCUCUCUUAAGUCUGGUUUAAAGUUUAAAAUCAAGCAAGAUGGCUGUCAGCUGGAGCUGCAAAUCUUAAAUAUCAACCCCCAGGACAAAGGAGACUAUACAUGCUCUGCUGGAACAGUUCAAACCACAGCCUCUGUGAGAGUGAAAGAAGUCAGGCCUGUUCCUAAAGAUGAACUGACACAUAAACCAGACGCUGUCAAGCCUGCGGUUCCAACUCCUAGACAUGUUGCUAAGGCAGAGCAGAGAGCAGAGCUGGGUGAUGAGUCCGUGAUAAAGCAGUCUGAAAAGGAUCUCAGUGAUAAUAAAACUGUGGAUAAAGAUCUCAGGAAGAAAACAUUAAUGAGGCAAAAAGUGGAGGAUGACAGCGUGUCAAAGAUCGAAAAGAAUAGCUUUUCCUCAGAGGACCUGUCAGAACCAGGCCCACCGGGCGUUUCAAAGUCUGUCAGAGAUGAGAGCCAAGGUUCUGUCAGCACUCCAGAUGAAAGCGUACGGGAAAAGGUUGUCCAACAGAAAGAGUCAGUCAACGCCCCAGAACACCUUCCUGUUCCUCCAAAAAGGAGAAGAAGUCUCAGACCCCCUGCAGAUGUUAAACAUGAAGAGACAGUUCUCACUUCCAAAAGCAAGGAAACCAUUAAGAGUUCUGUGCAAGCGCCUGAGGACACUGCUGCCAUUCAGAAAAGCAAAGGAGUGAUAAGAUCAUCCGCAGACAACAAAGAUGAGGCAACUGUCUCUAGUCAGGACAACAAGGGACACAUCGAGAGUCCCACUGAAGUGAUUAAACAGGUCAGUACCAUUAAGAAAAUCAAGGAACCCACCAAAGAAACCGCAGUCAGUAAAGAAAGUGCUGUUUCCAUCCAAACCAAUGAAAAGUCAGUCGAAAUGGGUAGAAAGGGGAUGGAGGAAGUCACCGCCCCACUUCAGAGGAACAAGGUGGCUGGACAGGUCUCACAAGAAGGCCCGGGAGAAGCUCCUGCUCUCAUCCAGAAAAAUGGGGAACCUAUCAAAACUGCACCAAAACCUCCAGAGGAAUGCAAUACUGCGAUACAGAAGAAAGAUGAAUCUAUUAAGACUUCAACAAGACCUUUCGAAGGACAGAUACCUGCUGUUCAGAAGAGCAACGAACCAGUUAAAACUACAGCAGAAUUGCCAGGGGCACCAACUGCUCCAGUUCGAAAGAACAAAGUAUCGAUUAAAACAGCAACAGCACCCCCCAAACAACCUGCUUCACUUGUAGAGACAGACAAAGGCACCAUAACCGCCAAACCGCCUGUGGAGGAAUCCACAACUACAACUCAGAAAAACAAGGAACCUAUCAAAACUGCUUCAAGAAAUACUGAGGAACCUACUGUUCCUGUUCAGAAGAAUGCAGAGCCCACAAAACCUGCAACAACACCAAAGGACAAGUCCACCAUUCCUGUACAGACGGACAAAGCACCCACCAAAACUGCAGUUAGACAUCUGGAGGAAUCCACUGUUUGUGUCCAGAAGAAGGGAGAACCCACCAAGCCUGGAAUAACGCCUAAAGAGGAAUCCACCAUUCCCGUACAGAAGAAUGAAGAACCCACCCAAACUGGAGUUAGACAUCUGCAGGAAUCCACUAUUCCUGUACAGAAAAAUGAAGAACCCACCAAAACUCCAGUUAAACAUCUGGAGGAAUCCACUGUUUGUGUCCAGACGAAGGGAGAAUCCACCAAGCCUGGAACAACACAUAAAGAGGAAUCCACCAUUCCUGUACAGAAGAAUGAAGAACCCACCAAAGCUGCAGUUAGACAUCUGGAGGAAUCCACUAUUCCUGUACAGAAGAAUGAAGAACCCACCAAAGCUGCAGUUAGACAUCUGCAGGAAUCCACUAUUCCCGUACAGAAGAAUGAAGAACCCACCAAAACUGCAGUUAGACAUCUGCAGGAAUCCACUAUUCCUGUACAGAAGAAUGAAGAACCCACCAAAACUGGAGUUAGACAUCUGCAGGAAUCCACUAUUCCUGUACAGAAGAAUGAAGAACCCACCAAAACUGCAGUUAGAUAUCUGGAGGAACCCACUAUUCCUGUACAGAAGAAUGAAGAACCCACCAAAACUGCAGUUAGACAUCUGGAGGAACCCACUGUUUGUGUCGAGACAAAGGGAGAACCCACCAAGCCUGGAACAACACCUAAAGAUGAAUCCAUUAGUCCUGUACAGAAGAACGAAGAACGAAUCAGAGCUGCAACAUCGACUGUGGCGGAAUCCAUUACUCCUAUUCAUAAAAACAAAGAAUCGAUCAAAACUGUCCAAAAAACUCCAGAUGAGUCUGCAACAUCUGUUCAGAUAAGCAAGCAACCCAUUACAAUUUUAGCAGGGCACAAAGAGGAAAGUAUUACACCUCAGGAGCAAUUGACUGAACCUGAGGAACAAAGUGUUGACAUAAACAUAGAGGAUGAACCAGAGAUGCUGGAAGCAGCCAUCAAGAUCCAAGCAGCGUUCAAGGGCUACAAGAUUCGCAAGGACAUGCGGCCUGUCUUCAAAGAAGUGUUCAAGAACCAAAAUGUGGAAUUAAAUGGCACCGUUCAUCUUCAGUGUAUUGUAGAGGGUAAACCCAAUACAAUGCGAUGGUUGAAAGAUGGCCAGGAGAUAAGACCCAGCCUACGCUCUCAUAUCAAGAAGCAAGAUGAUGGUUCCUGCUCACUGAUUAUUGACAAGGCGACUCAGAAGGACACAGGAGUAUAUACAUGUGAAGCAGUGAACAAAUUUGGCACUGUCAGUUAUAAUGGAAACAUAACAGUAGAAACCUGUCCGAAGGCUGUUCCACAACUUCCACUGAAACCAGCUACUGCCUUAGCUCCUGGAAAAGAGGUACCAGAACCUUUAAAACUGGAAGGAGAGUCCUGGAGGCAGGUGUAUGAUCUCCCAAAGGUUGAUCAGCAUGUUGCAACCAAUGAGAAGCGGAGAAGUCUUGUCUCAGUAAGCUCUGUUUCCUGUCCCUCUGAUUACGACACAGCACCAGAUGGAGUAGAAUCCCUGUCGGACUUUGGCUCCAAAGACUACCCAACCAAAGCAAAAGAGUUGAAAAAGGCACCACCAGGCAGUGAGCAGCCACCAACCACGGAGGAGCUUAAGAGCCUCAAUCUUCAACCCCUAAAGCCUUCCUCCCAGCUGCAAGUCAAAGCAGGUGGUGUCUCUAUGAGCAGGAGCCCCUCUCCAAAGUACUCACCUUCCCAUAAGCCAUCUGCCAACGAGUCCCUCUCAGAAUCAGAUGGGGAUGAAGACAGAGGAGAGAUAUUUGAUAUCUAUGUGGCCAAAUGUGAUUGCAACCCCACUGGAGGGAGACAGGAGACCUUCGUGCUGAAAGAGGGACAGUAUGUGGAGGUUCUAGACUCGGUGCAUCCCAUACGCUGGUUGGUGCGCACCAAGCCGACCAAAUACACUCCAGCGCGCCAAGGCUGGGUGUCACCAGCCUACCUGGAAAAGAAGGGCAGGGAGCAGUUUUCCCUGGUAUUUGAACCUGAAAAAGUAGGAAAAGAGCCCACCAAGGAUGAAUUUAGGAAUACUGUGAGUGAGCUGAUCCAGGGUCUGGUCAGCGGGGAGGAAGAGUUUGUGAGGGAAAUGAGCUUCUUCGUGUCCCACCAUCUACGGUAUCUGGAGACCAACCCCAAGGUGCCGCUUACCAUAUUCAGCCAGAAGGAGUACAUUUUCCGAAAUAUCAAAGAGAUCGCGGGCUUCCAUGAAAGGUCUGUUCUGCCUAAGCUGAUGGAAUGCUCCACAGAUGACGACGUGGCCAUGUGCUUUGUGAGCCAAGCGUCCGACUUUGAAAAGUAUCUCCAGUUCAUGGUGGGCCAGUUCCAAGCUGAGGCUUGCCUCAGUGAUAAGAACACUCAGCACUUCUUCCAGAAAUACCAAGAGACUGAGUUGGCUCGCCAGCAUGCCGAGGUGCUUAGUGUCAGCACUUAUUUACAGAGGCCAUUGGAGAGGAUCGAGACUUACAGGUCCCUGCUUAAGGAGCUUAUAAGGAACAAGGCCAAGUUUGGGCGAAACUGCAGUCUGCUGGAGGAUGCCUUCUCGAUGGUGUCCAGUCUGCCAUGGCGUGCUGAGAAUAUGGAGCAGGUGGCCAUGAUAGAGAACUACCCCGCCCCGCUCAGUGGACUUGGAGAACCCAUCCGUCAGGGCUCAUUCACCGUGUGGGAGGAGUCACCUGCAACCAAACUGUCCUUCCGCGGUCAGCACCGUGACGUCUUCCUCUUCAAAGACUGCGUCAUCUUUUGCAAGCUCAAGAAAGACCCUGACACACACAACGACGCCUACAUAUUCAAAAACAAGAUGAAGCUGGGUGACAUUGAGGUGAAGGAGGCCGUGGAGAGAGACGAGCGUGCCUGGGGGCUGUGGCACGAGCACCGCGGCACCGUGCGCAAGAUCACCCUGCAGGCGCGCUCCGUCCUCCUCAAACUGUCCUGGCUCAAGGACCUGAGGGACCUGCAGCAGCGAAGCAGCCUCUCCUCCCGCAGUGCACCUCACUUUGACGUACUACUGGGUGACUGUACCACCAAAUUCGGGCAGACAGUCAAAUUAUCCUGCAAGGUUACAGGAUCUCCCAGACCGGUGGUCAACUGGUACAAAGAUGGCCAGGCUGUGGAGGAGGACGAGCAGCACAUCGUCUCGGAGAGCAACACUGGCUCCUGCUGUCUGGUGCUGACCGGGCUCACCAUGGACGACUCGGGCCAGUUCAUGUGCUACGCCACUAACUGCAUGGGAAACGCCAGCACCCUGGCAAAGAUCGUCGUGGACGUGCCUCCCAGCUUCAAGAUUAAACUUCAGAAUGUUCAGCUGGACAUUGGGAAAGAUGUCCAGUUCCAGUGUUCUACACAAUGCACUCCGUUACCAAGAAUCAGGUGGUUCAAAAACAGUAAGCUCUUGGAGAACCAGAAGAAGUACCAGAUUGACUGUGACCUCCAGACUGGGAUGCUCACGCUCACCAUAAAGAGGGCCGGGAAGGUAGACCUGGGGCAUUAUGAGUGUGAGCUGUGGACUAAGGUGGGAAGUUCCAAGUGCAAAGCUGAACUGUGUCGUGCACCCCCCACCCCUGCGGACACUCCAGCAGAGAAGGCUCCAGCAGUCUCUGCCAAAGGUAGGAGAGGAGCGGAGAGUCAAGGUAAACACUCACAGGCAGGCUCCAGCGGUCCCUGUGGCUCAACUGGUAGAGCAAGGUGCCAACAACACCAUGAUGGUGGCUUUGGUUCCCAGGGAGCACGCAUAGCGGACGUACUGGGCACAGGUCCACUUAGAAGCAUGAAGUGGCCCUUUCCUUCUGCUGUCACCACUAUAAGUUGGUCAGUCGUCAUGUCUGAUCCCGCAGAACCAGAGCCCGUGUCCGACGCCUGGUCCACCUCCCUGGUGAAGAACUGGCUCGGGAUGGACUUCAGCCCCACUGGUAUCUGCAAAAUGCUCUUCCAGCCCGGCUACCCUGACCCAGCUACCGCGAGCACAGAAGGAGCUGGACCCAAGCAGAAAAAGGACAUUGCGCAGAAAAGGGGUGACACAGCGUCUAGACAGGAAGAGACCGUCGCUGACGAGCAGGAGGAAAUAGAGACAGAUCCACCGUCCAUCCAGGUGCCCAUAGAGGAUCAGUGUGUCAAACUCGGACAGCCCUCUACCUUCACUACCAUCAUUACAGGGCAACCUCCACCAGACGUGUACUGGUUAAAGGAUGGAGUCGAGAUCCCGGCCAGUGACAAUGUGGAGGUGGAGUACUUCGGGGCCCGCUGGUCUCUGACCCUGCUGUGCGUGGGGCCUGAGGACUGCGGCACCUACACCUGUGAAGCCGAGAACAGCACCGGCCAGGUGUCCUGCCACGCCCAGCUCACCGUGGAGUCUGAGGUCCCAGAGGUUGUUCCAGUGGAGGAAAGGGAGGUGGAACUGGGCAGGAGAAAGCUGCUCUCUGUCUACGAGGUCCAUGAGGAGAUAGGAAGGGGUACCUUUGGGGUGGUGAAGAGAGUGUCUCACCGGGCGACCGGAGAGACCUUCGCUGCCAAGUUCCUCCCUCUGAAGAGCAGCACGAGGACCAGGGCCUUCCAGGAGAGGGACCUGCUCUCCCGCCUCGCCCAUCCCAGGGUGGCCUGCCUCCUGGACUUCUUCUGCACCCGACGCACGCUGGUUCUGGUUACAGAAAUGUGUUCUUCUCAAGGACUUCUAGACCAUCUGUUGAUGAAAGGCUCUGUAAAGGAAACAGAGGUGCAGAUGUUCAUUCAGCAAGUUCUGGAGGGCAUUGCUCAUAUCCACAGCCUGAACAUCCUUCAUCUGGAUAUGAAAGCUGACAACAUCCUGAUGGUAUCUCCAACCAGAGACGAGGUGAAGAUCAGUGACUUUGGAUUCUGCCAGGAGAUAGACUCAUCCAGGCACCAGUACAGCAAGUUUGGGACUCCUGAGUUUGUGGCGCCAGAAAUUGUCCACCAGGAUCCCGUGACAACUGGAACUGACAUCUGGUCACUGGGGGUUGUGGCUUAUUUGUGUCUGACGUGUCACUGCCCGUUUUUCGGGGAGAACGAUCGCGCUACCCUCAUGAGGGUUGCCGAGGGAACGCUGUUUUGGGACACCCCUGAGCGCUCUCUCACAUGUCUGGGCUCUGUGCUCACCCUGAGGCCCAUCGCCGGCCUGCUGGACGCUCCGCCGGAGGAGGUGUCCGCCACGGCGCCGCGCGAGCCCCAGGAGCCCAGCAGCUCCUCCCUCAGCAGCGCCUCCUCCUCCGAAUACGACGAGGCAGACGGCCGAACGCUGGAGGAGCUGGGCCGCGCCAGGCUGGACGAGGAGGACCUGAUUUUGGAGAGGGGGGGCGGCGAGCGGGGGGCGCUGGUGUUCCCCGCCGGUAAAUCCGGGGACCAGCAGCGGGGGGGCAGAAGCAGCAGCCCGUCGCUGUACCUCUCGGACGAGAGCUCAACCGGCGAGAGCCGCAUCCCCCGCGGCCGGCUGAUCCGCAGCAACUUCUACAGCAGCUCACAGCAGCUCUCGCCCAUGUCCGCCCGGCACAUGCUGCUGCGCGACAAGAUGCACGCGCGCAAGCAGGAGCGCGGCCGCAGGCCGCUCCGCACCAGCCUGUCGGGCCGCCUCAACGAGCCGCUCAUCGAGUACGUGGAGGACGCGCCCGAGGGGGGCGCGGAGGGGGGCGCCCGCGGCCAGAGGAGAGGCUCCACGCACUCGGCCAUGCUCAAGUCCUGCUCGUUCGACAGCGGCGUCAGCCUCUCCCACCCGCUGCCCGCCCAGCGGAGGAGCAGGUCCCUGGACGAGUCCACCAGGAGGUCCCCGGCCUCCUCCGAGCUCCGGGAGCCGGGUGAAGAGGAGGAGGAGGACACGUUGUUCAGUCAUAAGGACGAGUUCACCGACGAGGAGGAGAAGGGGGCGGUGGGGGUGGACACACAGCAGAGUACAUCGCCGCAGCCUGAAGCUGCCAGCUUCAGGGGGAGGAGGCAGAGUGUGGUGGCCAAAGUGAAGCCCCGAACACAAGGGGUGGAAGAGGGGGAGCCAGCGGAGGAGAGCGCCCCCCAGAGCCAGCCUCAGGCCCCUGAGAGGACUGAUGAAGGGUCCAGGCCUCUUUCUGGGGGGGGUGACGUGGGCGGCUCCCAGGCUUCCCUCGCUGAGUCUUACAUUCUAGAACCGGACUCUGAGGCCUCCAGUAGAGCGGACUCCUUAGAGGACAUCUCCAUCCGUCGUCUCGCCAUGCCCAAGAAACAGCAGUCCUCCUCUGGAAGGGCCUUGCCUUCAUCUCUUCUGCAUGGCUCGGAUGAGGAGGAGGAGGAGGCUCGCGGACCCCCAACCCCCCCGAGCCGGAGAUUUGGAUCGAGGCUCAGCCUCCAAGUAGAGAGGGGGGACCUCUCCCUGAAGCGCAGCCCCUCGCGUCUUUCGGAUCAGGUCCCCGUGACCAUUCCGGGGAACAGGGAGGUCCUCCAGAGACACGCCUCUGCCCCUGCCCUGGAGACCAAGCUGCCCAGCGGGAAGUCUCCCAAGAUGGGCCUCAUGAAGCUGUUCCGCCGGCAGUCCUGGACGGGCCAGUCGCACUCCCAGCUGGAGGCCGGGGACAGGAAGCAGAGGGAAGGGGAGCGCUCCGCCCCCAAAAGCCCGAUGCUAACCCUGAAGAAGAAGAUGAGAGCCUCAGCUUCCAGUCUCACUAAGCUCUUCACAAGACAGUCGAGCAAAGAGGAAAAGAAAGGCGGGCCUAUUUAUAAAGGUCCUUCCCCAGGGGCUCCAGAGAAGGGACGCACUCCCACCGGCCCUGGGCACGCAGCCUCCGGCUCCAGCAGCCCUCAGAAGAAAGCCUCCAAGCUCUUCUCCAUGAAAGUUCCCACCUUCAUGAAAAGCAAAGAGGUGACGAUCCGCCCAGCCAGACCAGAUGUACACCAGCUGGCAGGAGGUGGCGUGCUGCUGGUGUGGAAACCUGUCAAGGCCAGCGAGACCUUCACCUACUGCUUACAGUACAGCAUAGCGGGUGGCGUUGUGGAGUGGAAGUUGAUGGCGGAGGACGUCGCUGACAGCUGCUACACUGUCAGCUCCUUACCGAAGGGCCCGGGCUACGUGUUCAGAGUUGGCUGUGUCACUAAAGCAGGAGCCGGACCGUUCAGUGACCCCACAGUCCUGGCCUUCAUGGCAGUCCAACAUGAAGACUCCCACAUUCCUCUCAUUCAAAAGGAAUCGCUCAGGUCAAAGGUCAUUGUGACAGGGGCCCAGGGGACCCACAAGAUAUACUCCUUCCUCUCUGAGAUUAACAGGGGCCGCUUCAGUGUGGUGGCCCAGUGCCGUGAAGAGCAGAGCCAGCAGGACCUGGCGGCUAAGAUCACCCCGUACCGGGCCGAGCAGCGCCAGCUGGUCCUGCGGGAGUACCAGGUCCUGAAGAGGCUCAACCACCCGCACCUGGUGCAGCUGUACUCCGCCCUCAUCAGCCCGGACUACCUGGUGCUGCUGGAGGAGCUGUGCGCCGGCCGGGAGCUCCUCUACAACCUGGCAGAGAGAGAGGCGUACGCCGAGAUGGAUGUGAGUGAACUACUCGUGCAGAUCCUGAGUGCAGUGGACUACCUGCACAGCCGCCGCAUGAUGCACCUAGACCUCAAGUCCGACAACAUGCUGGUGACGGGCAGCAACGUGGUGAAGAUCGUGGACCUGGGCUCGGCCCAGCUCUACACGCCGGGCCAGGCUCAGAACGUGGAGCAUCUGAAGGAGCUGACUGAGUGCAAGGCUCCUGAAAUCUUGGAGGGCCAAGGAGUUGGACCUGAAACAGAUAUCUGGGCAAUAGGCAUAUUGGCCUUUAUCAUGCUCAGUGCAGACAACCCGUUUCAUGCAGAGCUGAACUGGGAGAGGGACCGCAACAUCAAGAAGGGCAAGAUCCAGUUUGGCCGCUGCUACCCAGGUCUGUCAGAAGGAGCCCUUAACUUCAUGAAGAGCGCACUCAACAACAAAGCCUGGGGGAGACCCUCGGCUGGGGAGUGCCUCCAGAACCCUUGGGUCCGCGGGGAACCCCACGCCGCGGCCAGACGGAGGGACUCCAUGGUCUGCUUCUCCACCGACAAGCUGCAGGCCUUCCUUCAGGAGCGGGAGGUCAAGCGCGACCACAUCCGAACUAAGGCUAAGGUCCCACUUCUGCAGUAGGGGACUGGAGGGGGGCCCUGAACUGGCAACAGGGGAACUGCUUUAAAAUGUGAAAAUGUGAAUCUGUUUGUGAGAUCUUUGAAUGAUUUUCAGAGUUUUUUUUUGUCCUUUUUCUGUUUUAAUGCUGCUGUCUUUCUAACAUGGACUUAGCAUGUCAUGAUGAAGUGCUGUUCAAUUAUUUUUAACAUGAAAAGGAUUUCUGCAUGAUGCAAUUGUCAAUAAUACUAUGCAAAUUCUUUAGUCCAAAUCUAAUUUAUAGAUUAUAAACAAAAAUCAUAAUUGCCACUAUAUGAACUGUUAUGUGUAUCGUCUGUAAACAACAACUUUGUUUUUGUUUACAUGGAAGUGAAAGAAAUUAUGUGAUUUAAAGAGGACAAAUAUAUUACAGACAGGGUUUUAUUUAUUUGAAAUUAAGACUUUUAAUAGAUUGAUUUACUUUUGCAUAGAUUUGUAAAUUCUAAGGUUAGUUUGAACCUAGAAUUUCAGUUUGUCUUACCGUAAAAAUACAGUGUACUGAUAAAACAGCAUUUUUUUUUCCUUUUUCAAACACAUGAUUAAUAUUAGAAACAAGCUUAAUUCUGACUCAUUUGUAUUGAUAAAUUGCCUUUGUGAUAUCAGGGAUAAGCUUAGAUUAAUACAAACUUUUAAUUAAUUAAUUCAUUCAUUAAGUUAAAUUAAAUUAAUAAAGCAUCAACUGCAUGGAGGCAAUAGGCCUAUGUCCCAGCUGUAGCGAUUCUUUUUUCAGUUUGCUUCAAAGUUUCGGUCCUUGCGGUUUUGGAGAACAUUCAGAAUGUGUUGUUGUUUGGUUUUGCACUGGUUCUGUGCAUUGAAACUGAUUGCCCAUAAAGAUUUGUUUGACAAUAAA